UUCAGCUACAAUAUUGAAUAGAUCCAAAAACAAACCUACACUCACUAGUUAAAUCAUAUUAUAAUACAUAUUUAUCAGUAAUUUAUUUAAUUUUAUUAUUGAGUCAAUGAAAGUGACGAUUGCAGAAGAAUUUAACGCACAAUUAGUAGCACAAUUUUAUUAUUUUGAAAAAUAUUUAUAAUUAAUCCUUGAAAAAAAAGCUAUAUAAUACUGAUGACUACAAAAUACUGAUAACGUGUUUAUAAAUAGUUACUCAAUAGUUUGUAUUACAAGUAUUAAACACAUUAAAGAACAGAAUGCUAAGAAAAAUUGAAUUGCUAUAUUCCUUUCUUGCAUUUACACAAGUGUCUUGUCAGUGUUUUGAUGAUGUAAAGUUUUCAAUUACUAAAAAUGACAUAAAAAUAACAGUACUGAAAGCUGACACAGUUAAUGAUGAAAGAUUGGCUACAGAGAUUUUUGCCGAAAAUGAGCAUAUUCCAGUCCUUCAAACUGGAUGUUUUAAAGGAUUACCCAAAUUAAAGUAUAUUGGUCUAUAUAACUGUGGAUUGAAACAGAUAGAGAAGUGUGCUUUCUUAAAUUUACCCAGUGCAAAAAUAAUAUCAUUGAACUUUAACAACCUCAAAGUGAUAGAAAAUGGAGUUUUUCAUUCAUUAGAGAUAGUUAAGUUGUCAUUAAUUGGAAAUGGAAUUCAAGACAUCAAAGAACAUGCAUUUUAUAAUUUGACAUACUUAGAAUCUCUCGACUUAAGUAGGAAUAAUUUAAUUACACUGAAGCCAAAUAUUUUCUACAUAACUCAAAACAUACAAAGAAUAAAUUUCAGUGAUUUAAGCUAUAACAAUUUAACUUCUAUAGAAAAAAAUACCUUUCAAGGACUAAAAUAUAUUGACUAUAUAUUGUUAAACAAUAAUAAUAUUGUAAACAUACAUCCUGCUGCAUUUAGAUCUAUAGUACAAGGUAAAAUGUUAAAUUUACAAAACAACAAUAUCAAUGAAAUACCAACUAAGGUAAAAUACUCAGGAUUUAAUGAAGUUCUAUUUGAUGAAGAUAAACCAGAAGAUAUCUUUGAAAAGGAAAUCACGAAAGAAUUUACACAGAAGUAACAAUUUUCUCUGCUAAUUAAAUUGAGAAUGUUAGUACAUUGUUUUAAAUAAAAUAAUAAAAUAUUAUAUAGGGCAGUCAAAAAUUUUAUGGCUAAGUAGGCUUUAGAUCAUGAAAAAUAUACAAUUCUUAAAGUAAAUUGUAUUAAAAUUUGUUUAACAAUCAAGGUCCAAAGCUAGCUUGAUCAUAAAAGCUUUUUCUUUAUAUGUAACC